CGUCCAUCGGUCCCGCCAGCCAUGAGCACCACGCAGUUCAACAAGGGGCCCCCGUACGGCCUCGCAGCCGAGGUCAAGGACCAGCUUCUGUCCACAUACGACCCUCAGAAGGAUGCUGAACUCCAAAGCUGGAUCGAGGGACUCACUGGCCUCUCCAUCAGUCCCAACUUCCAGAAGGGUCUGAAGGAUGGGAUUAUCUUGUGCACACUCAUGAACAAGCUGCAGCCGGGCUCCGCCCCCAAGAUCAACCGGUCCAUGCAGAACUGGAACCAGUUGGAAAACCUCUCCAACUUCAUCAAGGCCACGGUCAGCUGUGGCAUGAACUCCAUGGAACUGUUCGAGGCCAAUGACCUGUUUGAGAGUGGGAACAUGACACAGGCCAAGACCAAGCGGCUGCAGAGUGGCGUGGACAUCAGCAUCAAGUACUUGGAGAAGCAGGAGCGGAACUUCAACGACACAACCAUGAAGGCCAGCCAGUGCGUCACCGGGUUGCAGAUGGGUACCAACAAGUGCACCAGCCAGUCGGACAUGACCGCCUAUGGCACGAGGCAGCACCUGUACGACCCCAAGAACCACAUCCUGCCCCUUAUGGACCACUCAACCAUCAGCCUGCCAAUGGGCACCAACAAGUGUGCCAGCCAGGUGGGCAUGACGGCUCCGGGCACCCGGUGGCACAUCUACGACACCAAGCUGGGCACGGACAAAUGUGACAACUCCUCCAUGUCCCUGCAGAUGGCCUACACACAGGAUGCCAGCCACAGCAGCCAGGUCUUUGGCCUGGGCCGACAGAUUUACAACCCCAAGUACCACCCGCAGGGCCUGGUAGCUGACGGGGUCCCCUUGGGAGCCGGCGACUGCCCCGGCCUGGGGGACUCCCCCAAGUUUCCCCGCGACUCCCGGGAAGAGGCUGGCUACUGA